AAAUCUCAAGGAAUCCCAAAACUGAAAACCUCCCAAGAAAAAUAUGUCGUAAACAGUAACUGUCACAUUCAUAAAAAUAUGUAAAAAAUAAAAAAGAAAGUGUAUUUUGCUUGAAAUUUCAUCUGUGUCCUCGAAACUUUUGUUCUAUAUUUUAGUUGAAAUUUCCCUCAUCAAAGCUCUGUCAAAAAAAUUAUCUUACAGUGUUUUUGUUGCUUACCGAUACGGUUUACUUCUUUUCUGAAAACUAAAUUUUGAUUGUGAACUGCGAAGAAGUUUGCAAGUAACUGAAAAUGGAAGCGGAAGAAGAAGCGAAAAGCGAUGUGGAUUCGUUGAGAAAAUUGUAUAUCCUUCUCCAACAAACUUGUCUAGAUAUGGAUGAGCGCACAAGACUUUUUUUCAGGAAUUUGUUAGAUUCUGCAAGAGACAACAUGGUUUCUGCUUUUUUGUUUCUUCAAUUCUGUAUUGUAUUUGAAGCAUUAUACACAUUUGUAAGUUCUGUUUUAUGUGUUUUGAUUGAUCAGAUGGUAGCUGCAACACGAGACGCAUUGUCGUUGAAGCCUCCUAUACCAUCCAAGCCUUUAAGCCCAUCGCCUUCACCUCUGCAAUCGCAAUCUAGAGUCGCGCAGAGAAAUAAACGCUGCAGAGUAUGUCAGCAGACCGGUUUCAGGCAGCACUCAGGACCCACAAAUACUGAAUUUGCUAAACAAGUGUCUCAUUCAAUUCAACUCUUGGAAUCUUUGCACAUUUCUUCUUCUGUAAAUCAAUUAACUGGUGAGACUAGCAAAAGAAUUUGGAGUAGUAAUGGUAACGUUUCGCGGGCAGUUGAAUUAGGGUUCCGAUAUCCCCAGAGUGAAUGUUUGUCGCAUCACUAUGUUCAUGGGUUGCGGAUCCCUCCGAGUAAGGAUAAUGUGGCAAAACAUCCUUCCUCCAGCCACACUGUGGAAAUGAAGCAGCAGCACAGCCAAGACAGUAGUUUUCAUGACGAUUGUGUGAAGAAUAUGCUAAUGAAGCCAAUGCUGGUGGAUUAUGAUCAGAGCAAGAGACAGCAGAAGCAGAAAACAAAGCAGACUUGUACGUCGAGUUCUACCUCUUCGUACAGUCGGGCAGAUACAGAAUCCGAAAGCAGCAGAACCGACGUUUCACCCGAAAGUAGCAGCUACGAGAGCAGGAGCAGUCAUUCUUCUUAUACCUCAUCAGCAAGUCCUGUCAGGAAGGCUAAAAAAGUUGUCAGAUCAUCAAGUCCUGAGAAAGCAGGGGGGAAAUUGACAAGGUUGAAGAACAGGUUGAGAGUAAUAUUUCACCACCACCAUCACCACCAUCAUCACCAUAACAGAGGAUCAAUGUGGAAGAAGAUAAAAGUGAAGCAGAAAGAGAAGGGGUAUGAGAAAAAAGCAGUGGAGAAGGUGAAAGUGAAAGAGGGGGGUCAGUUUCAGGCGAUGGUGAAAGGAUUGAUGAAGCAUGCUAAGCAGAAACAGAAAAAGAAGAAGAAGAAUAUGGGGAUUAGAGGCCAAAACCAACAUUGGUGGAAAUUGUUAAAGCAUAAUGGUGGAGUUAGACUGCCCAAUAAAGGCCGGGUUAGACUCCACCUUCAACCUAACAAAUGACCUCACUAGAGAGAGAGGUCAUUUGUAAGGCGCACUAGAGAGAGAGGUCAUUUGUAAGGCGCUCUUCUUCUUUUAUUAAAUUGAAAGCACUGUCGGGUUAAAUAUUUUUUA